GCAAUCAGUGUUAUACUUGGGGACGUGGAAAACAAGGCUCUCUAGCGUGAAGUGCGUGGGCUUAGUACGUCUCCGCGUGUGUUUGCACGCUACGGAUUACAACUUCCUAGCAUUCGAUCUGAAAGUAAUCUUGUUUAACGGCUUUUCGACCUGGCAGGAUUUGGGUGUCCGGCCAGACCAAGGAGUGUCACUGAAAAAUACUGAACGAAAAGGGUGUGUUUCAAAAUGAGGAUAUAUCUGGGGGACUGUUAAGGAGUCUUAUUAAAAGGAGACGAUCCAAAUAGUGCGCCCAAAAAGCCUGCUGACUACAAGAUCCUUGAAGACUCUUGAACUCCUCAGAAAGUGGAGUGAAAUCCCUGUGUCUUAUUGUUGCCCUUCUUCAUCUAGUGCCCACCCCCCUCCUUCCAGAUCAGACUGCAGUAGUCUGGAGAGGGGUGGGCUCUGCCUCUUCCUGUCUUCUGAUAAAGUCACUGAAGUGUUGAAGGCCAUCAUGGAUUUCUGAGCAAAGAAUGCAUCACAGCCUUGCUCCCAUCAUGGGGACUCCAGAGAUGACUGGUUGGCAUCGUCCCACUGUCAUUCUGGCUUUGUGCUGCACCAUGCUGCUGGUCUCCGGAACUCCCUUUCCUAAGGAUCUGGAACCAAUCAACACAGUCGGUGGCCAGGUCUCUUUUCUGCAUCCUGUUUUCCAAGGACUGAAUCCAGACAAUGACACUCUGCAGCUUGGCCUGGACUUCCAAAGGAUGAUCAGGAUUCACCAUAUGCUGUACAUUGCAGCCAGGGAUCAUGUGUUUGCGAUCAAUCUGAGCACCUCAGCGGAUGAGAUUACUCCACAGUAUAAGCUGACCUGGAAGACCAAACCUCAAGACAUGGAAAAAUGUGCAUUAAGAGGAAAGAACAAUGAUGAAUGCUACAACUACAUCAAAGUCCUAGUCUCUCGAAAUGACCAGACUCUCUUUGCCUGCGGGACAAACGCCUUCAACCCUACUUGUCGGAACUAUAAGAUGGAGACCCUGGAGCAGGAUGGAGAAGAGCUUUUGGGUCAGGCGCGAUGCCCUUUUGAAUCUAAACAGUCUAAUGUGGCUCUCUUUGCUGAUGGCAACCUCUACUCUGCAACUAUGGCAGACUUUCUAGCCAGCGACGCAGUCAUUUACCGCAGUCUGGGGGAACGUAGCCCUGUACUCAGAACGGUCAAGUAUGACUCCAAAUGGCUUCGAGAGCCACAUUUUCAUCAUGCCAUUGAAUAUGGGAAAUACGUUUAUUUUUUCUUCAGUGAAAUUGCAGUCGAGUACACGACCCUUGGAAAGGUGGUCUACUCCCGAGUAGCCCGUGUCUGUAAGAACGAUAUGGGGGGGUCUCCCCGUGUGCUGGAGAAAUACUGGACAUCAUUCCUCAAAGCUCGCCUUAACUGUUCCAUUCCUGGGGAUUCCUUUUUCUACUUUGAUGUACUGCAAUCUGUGAGCAACGUAGUACAGGUCAACAUGCGGCCCGCUGUCAUCGGGGUGUUUACCACCCAGUCCAACAGCAUCACAGGAUCUGGAGUCUGUGCCUUUUACAUGGACGACAUUGAGAAGGUUUUCAGUGGCAAGUUUAAGGAGCAGAAAACUACUGAGUCAAUCUGGUCUCCUGUUCCAGAUGAACGAGUUCCCAAACCCAGGCCAGGCUCCUGUGCCGGAGAGGAAUCGGCAGCUUCCUAUAAGUCGUCCAACACCUUCCCUGAUGAGACACUUUCCUUCAUCAAAUCUUACCCUCUAAUGGAUGAUGCUGUGCCUUCAGUUAGUGAAAAGCCCUGGUUCACCAAGACAACUAGCAGGUAUAAGCUGACUCAAAUCGCCGUGGACACUGAAGCAGGUCCUGAUAAGAACUACACAGUGGUCUUUCUUGGUUCAGAGGAUGGGAAGAUCCUCAAAGUUCUAGCGAGCACUACUGAAAAUUCAACUAGGGGUAGUUUACUUUUAGAAGAGGUUGACGUCUACAAUCCCAGCAAGUGUAAUAAGCACCGAGAGGACAGAAGGAUUCUGGGACUGGAGCUCGACAAGGAGCAUCAUGCUUUGUUUGCAGCUUUUUCCAGCUGUGUGAUCCGAGUGCCACUUAGCCGCUGUCAGAAUUAUGGCAGAUGCAAAAAGACCUGCCUCAGAUCUCAAGACCCCUAUUGCAUAUGGCUGAAGAGUGGGACCUGUGCCAAUCUUCCACCUGGAUUCAAAGGCAGCUUUGAACAAGAUAUUGAAAAUGGAUAUUCCCAAAGUCCUGAUAGCUGUCACGACAUCUUGGCUACUCCCCGAAAUCAAAACCCCCUUGGUGAUCCAUCCUAUGGAAAGACCACACCCACAAGCUCCAGUGCCAUCAAUCAGGGAUAUCCAAAGGUCCCGGGUCGGGCCGAGCCAGAUAAUGGCCAAGACAGCCUCUCUCCCUUUGGUCAGGGCGGGUCACUUGAUUCAAUGGCAGUGGAUGUGGAGAUAAAGGGGGUGCGGAGACAGCCUGAAGCUGACAAGUCUUCUCAGAGUGUCCACUUCACACUUUUGAUUGCAUGUGUGGUCGUAGCUUUUGCUUUGGGAGCAUUCCUCUCUGGUCUCCUAGUAUCCUGCUACUGUAGCCAUGUUUCCCACAAGACUAAAAAGUUGAACAAGGAACCUGAGGCUACAAUUCCCCAUGCUUUAUCCUUGAGAAGUUUGGCCAAGCUCAAUGGACUGCUAGAUGGACCUGGGCGGGAUGAAAAGAUGGAAGUAUCCUCCCCAAAACUGUAUCACACUCUGAUCUCCAAUGUAAAGGAACAGCAGGUCAAUGGCAAUACACGGGCAAGUUCUGGGAAUGGAAAGGGAGACUCUCAUCAUGCUCCCGAGCUAUCUGGACUGCCUACUCCAGAAUCCACCCCAGAACUGCCUGUCAAGAGUAUGAAAGCUUUCCGUAAUCAAUGGGAGAAAAACCAGAACUGUAACAAUGCAAAGGAUGUGAGGAAUCCCAUUAUGACAGGGUCUAGACCUAAUUCAGGUGUACCUGUUCAAGUCUUCCAGUUUCCCAAUUCUUUGGCUCUCUCAAGCAGUGGGCAAGUCCUGGGAGGCAGCAGUCACCUUCAUUUGGAAGACAGAAAGAUACCAAAUGCUGAAAGGAUUAAGACCCAAGCAUACUCUUGCUAUCCACAGAAAAUGGUUGACGUCAAUACUUUGGAUGAGCUACUCAAACACCUUCACGAGGCCAAUAUGAGUAAUAGUGCAGGGAAAAGCAUCACAAUGAUCAAUGCUCCACAUUUAACUAAUAAUGGCCAAAUACCUUUCGCAAAUCGUGUGCAACCAAAAAUCCCAGACACGGAAUCUGCACCAUACUAUAGCUCCUCAACGUUGCCUCGGGACAGUUUGACCAGGCGGCUGGAUGUUCCACCAGAUAUGCCCCCACCACAGUCCACUCUGGAGAGAUCAUCAAGGCACCCAUCCCAGAGGCACUCCAUGUGUUCUGCGCCAAAGAUGAUUAAUGGAUGCAUUGUUUCUCGGCAGCACAGCUUCAACCACAGAAGCGGACAGCCUCCACCACCUCUCCUUGCUCGUAUGAAUUCGACUGGCAGCACCUCAGACAGCCACAGGCCCUUCCAUCCAAAUGGCUACCUGUCAAGGCAGCAUAGUUACAAUGAGCAAGAAGCAGUACCUAGGGGGGGCAUCGUAAGAAGGACAUGUUCGCUAAAGCCAGAUGUACCACCUAAACCCAUGUUCAUUCCUGCAACAUCACCUGUCAACUCCUCAAACCAGUUCAACUAUUAGACAUGGCUUGAGCAAAUGAACUGCAACACUUUAAGUUAAAAGAAAAACACAUCAGAAAAUGCUGACUAGCUCAGAACUUUCAGAGAGACUGACCGCGGAAAAAAACUUUUAAGCAGGAAUGAAGCGUUGAACCCUCAACAAAUUCAGGGGCAGAAGUCUGAGACCUUGAUAAAUGUUGUUGUACCAUAUUGGUAUUGUCUGACGCUAAAAAAACUGAAUGUGGCAGGAUUUGACAAAAAAAAUAUUACAUACAAAAGGACGUGAUCAUUCAUGAGCGAUAAAGAAUGGUAGCUCAAGACUUAUAUCGGCAGACCACACCUUGCUUAAAAAAAAAACAAGAAAA